AUGUUAUUCUUAAUUUUCGUAUGUUUAUUCUCCUCGAUCCAUUGUCGUAUUCAUAAUCUCAACAUCUUCGAUGACAAUCGUCAACAAAUUUUAUUGAGCACAUUCGGUUUUCUUCGCGGUGGAUCAAUGACUCUUCAUGUCACAGAUUUUACUUACGAUCAUCCUGGCAUUGCCAAAGAUACAAUAUUUGGAUUUAGUAUUGAUAAAGCGAAAACGAGUGGAAUUGCGAAUUAUCUGCAAACUCGAAAAAGUCAAUCAUGUGGCUUCAAUCAAAAUGACCAAGUCAAUGAAAUUCCUCAUGCACAUUUCGUAAUCGAUCAUAAAAGCGAAACACCCAAAAUCAUAGUCGAACGUUACACACGGGACUUUGAUUAUCUGGAAAUUCAAUAUGAAAAACAGGCGACGACGAAUCAAACAUUAGCAUCGAAUACAGCUCAAACGGUGAAAGUAAAUGAAACUCUGGUGAAAGAAAUUCCUAUCGAACGCAUAGGCGGAAAUACAGACCGAUUUCGUUUCCAAUUUCAAAUCUUAAUCAAAAAGAAAGGCGAAGAAGGCCUUUAUAAUUUAUAUUUUCUUAAUUGUUACAAUCGGACCGAUGUGCCCUUAAGUCAAAGAUUACUACACAUCAAUUUAACCGCCACAUUAAUCGAGAAAAACUUGGAGAAUUAUCUAUCCGCCGGUGAAUUACCCUUGCCCGUACUUUAUUUUACUUGGGCUGUUAUUUAUUUUCUCUCCGGAUUCUAUUGGAUAUUCGUUUUAAGAACUUCAAAGCAUCCAGUGUACAAAAUACACUAUCUAAUGUUAUUUCUCGUUCUCACAAAAGCUCUCUCAUUAGUUUUCCAUGGAAUUAACCAUCAUUAUAUAGCGAUUAAGGGUCGACAUGAAGAAGCAUGGGCUAUUCUGUUCUAUAUCACUCAUGUUUUACGCGGUUUGUUAUUGAUUGUCGCGAUCCUAUUAGUUGGAACAGGAUUUACCUUUGUUAAACAUGUUCUUUCUGGACGCGAAAGAAAACUAUUUAUUAUCGCAAUACCACUCCAAAUUUUAGCGGUUGUCGCGCAGAUAUUUCUUGAAGAAAAAGAAGAAAGCGAUGUUGUUUAUGUCACAUGGAGACAAAUCUGGGUUCUCAUUGAUCUUCUGUGCUGUGGUGCAAUCAUAUUUCCAAUUGUUUGGUCUAUAAGACAUCUUGAACAAUCGGCAAAAACCGAUGGCAAAGCGAUGAGUAGUUUGAGUAAAUUGAAAAUCUUCCGACAAUUCUAUUUCAUGAUUGUCUUAUAUAUCUAUUUGACGCGAAUUGUUGUUUACAUCGUCAAAUUAACAGUCCCGUUUCGUUUUGAAUGGCUCCAAGUCGUUUGCUUUGAACUGACAACAUUUGUGUUCUUCACGUUUACCGCUUAUAAAUUCCAACCAGCGCCAAACAAUCCAUACUUAACUUUAGCGCAAGAAUCUGAUGAUGAAGAUCCUGAAAUGGACCAACCGGUUAUUCAAAAUCCUGUAUUCGAUCACGUAACGAAAGUAAAUAAAAAACCACGCCGAUUUCUACCGAAACUAUCCACUCGAAAUCCGAAUGAUGUUCUUACGCCAGAUGAAGACGAUGAAGAUGGUUACCAUCACAUUCAAAUGAGUAGCACCCAAGUUUAG